AUGAACAAGUAUCCUGGAGAUUAUAAUUACCUACCUUUGGGAAACGGUAUUCGAUGGUUGGUCAAGAAUGACGGAACCUUCCCUCCGCCAGAGUUACCUGACGAUGCUUUAUGCGUCACUGCAUCGGUUGAGAAAUACCGCAUGGAGACGAGAGGCAAUAUUCGAAUCCUCGAGCUUCUCCCGGGUGAAUUCAGCGAUCCGUUACGGUGCCGAUUGCGCACUGCGGCGCUUGAAAGCAACCCAGUAUACGAUGGACUCUCGUACAGGUGGGGAGACCCGAAGUUCACGGGUAGAAUAAUCCUCAAGGACAAACCUUUCCCUGUGACUCCGUCACUCGAGAAUGCUCUGAGAUACGUGCGUCUGGGACACCGUGUGCGCUACAUUUGGGCAGACGCCGUUUGCAUUAACCAAAACGAUGAUCAAGAACGCGGUAAUCAGGUUCAUCUCAUGAAAGAGAUCUACUCUCGGUGCAGAACUGUGAGAGUCUGGAUUGAUGUGGAGCUUGAUCCUAAGAGUCCUGUCAUUAGAAGGCUCUUCACUCUUCAUCUGCAAAGCACUAAGGAUCAGCUGGGCGACGAUCCCGAAUUCUGGGAGCCACUUCUCCCACUUCUUCAAAACGAGUAUUGGGACAGACUCUGGAUACAACAGGAACUUGCCUUUGCCCCAAAACUGGCAUUCCACUGCCGGGGAUUAGCUAUCCCCGGUAAACGCUUAAUGGCAUUCCAACAUCAGAUGUUCCGCAAGUCGGCUCGCGACGGAGGGCCCUUCGGCGUAGACAAUGCGUGGAGUCUAUUCAGACCGCUAGUAUCAACCACCAAGGCUCCAGCACGGAACUUGGCUUAUUGGCGGGAGAUGAUGAAGAGCAAGGUGCCAGUCGAUCCACACACUCUCCAACCAGACUUUUCUCUCCUCAAGCCAAAGGCCGACUGGCAGCUUGAUCCCAUAAAAUGGGGUCCGUCGCUGAGCACAAGUCCAAUCUAUUUGUUGGGUAUGUUGCGGCUAUCACAGGCCUUGAACGCAACGGAGGCAAGAGAUCGGGUGAUUGCCACUCUGAACCUAGUCAUCGACUAUAACGACGAUGGUACCGAAACGAGCUACGAACAGAGCCUCACUGAACGCUACACACGCGUCACUCGACUACUGCCAUUCAAAUGCAACAGCCUCCAGUUUCUGGCCCUGGCAAGAAUCCAUACCAACUCAGAUCCUGCUGUCGAGGGCUUGCCUUCGUGGGUUCCAGAUUGGGGUUUGCCGGGAAACGCAGACUAUUUCUCGGGCCCUUUUCACGCCGCAGGCAACUUGCCUAUGUACGGUACGCCCUUUUCGGGUCUCGAAGAUGAAGACGAUGUUCUACGCGCUAGGGGAUUUCGGUAUGCAAAGGUCAACGGAACACUCUCAUCUACCAACAACGCCUUCUCUCCACUCUCGGUCUUGUCACAUUUAUUCAUUUUUGCCAAUGGGUCCACUGGAUGUCAUUUUGACGAUAUCAAGAAGCUCGGAUCCACGAUCACUGGCCCAGCUAUUUCUGAGCUCCGCAUAGGUCCUGACUAUUUCAGCCACAACGAAGUCGUUCUUUACACGGGUAUCCUGCUUGGUUACUCGUUCGUCACUCCUGGGCUUCGCGUUGUCGAUCUACUUCCUUACGCAACGGAUGUCUACGAUCAAUCCCAGAGAGAUGUGAAAGUUGCACUUCGAGCUCUGCGCAAGUUCCGUGAUCUCCGCCCUCCAUGUCUUCGCUGGCUCGACCUCGAAAGUCUAUCCGCUGCUAUUCAGAAAACACAUAACCAGACUGAGCGCUUCGGGCAUUUCGUCCAGCUAGCACACAAGACUUUGUCAUCCGGAUGUUUGGCUUCAACAUGUACUGGCACCACUCUUGCCAUCACGGAAGGGAAAGCUCUGGUGGAGAUUGAUGACGAAAUAUGGAUUCUAUUCGGCUGUCCAACACCCAUGGUUCUUCGGCGUAUUACUUCACAUUUCCUCGUUGUUUCCCCAGCCUAUAUAUGUGAUGUCAUGAAUGGAGAGGCGAUGGAUGGGGUUACUACCCCUGAUGACAAUUAUGGCGGCUGGCCUAGGGUCCUGGCAGAAGGACGUUUGGGCACCACUCCUUCUUCUCCAUAUGAAUCAGGAAGAAGCAACCGGUUGGUGGAAGUAAUUCGCAUCAGAUAG